CGGGUGGAAUCCGGAGACUUCUCGUCAUAAGAAUUCCUGCUCUCCUCCUCAGUCUGACCCUUACUUUGCCCGUCUGGGCCACGGCAGUGCCCACGGGCAGAGCAGUGGGAACAGGAGGAGAGGGUUUGCUCAGCUGGUGGGACUCUGGAAGCGCAAGCCCUGCCAGCCCCUCCUCCGCGGGCUGUCUCCACUGGCUCUUCUCCCGCUUCUGCCCGCCUGUCCCUCUGGGCUGCUCCGGCGCCACCGCUGCUGUCCCCAACCCGCCUCGUCAGCUGGGCCAAAGAGUGACUUGACUCACGGCGCUGCCACCAGCCCACGGCUUGCCCGAGGCGUAUAAAAGCUGCCAGGGUCGAAGGCUGCCAAUCCCCUGCCCAGCCCGAGGUGCACAGAGCAUGGCCCGAGGCGCGGAGCAAGGCCGUGGGGACGCGGGCUGGGGCCUGCGCGGCGCCCUGGCGGCCGUGGCGCUGCUCUCGGCGCUCAACGCUGCGGGCACGGUGUUCGCGCUGUGCCAGUGGCGCGGGCUGAGCGCGGCGCUGCGAGCGCUGGAGGCGCAGCGGGGCGGGGAGCAGCGGGAGGACGGUGCCCUGCGCGCCUUCCUGGCCGAGUUGAGCCGCGCGCAGCGCGGAGCGCCCGCCCCACCCCAAGACCCCGCCAGCUCAGCGCGCAACAAGCGCAGCCACGGCGGGGAGCCCGCGCAUCAUAUCCGCGCCGAGAGCCAGGACAUGCUGAUGAUGAUGACCUACUCCAUGGUGCCGAUCCGAGUGAUGGUGGACCUGUGCAACAGCACCAAGGGCAUCUGCCUCACAGGACCUCCUGGACCACCAGGACCUCCAGGAGCUGGCGGGUUGCCAGGACACAAUGGAUCAGAUGGACAGCCUGGUCUUCAAGGCCCAAAAGGAGAAAAAGGAGCAAAUGGAAAAAGAGGAAAAAUGGGGAUACCUGGAGCUGCAGGAAAUCCAGGGGAAAGGGGAGAAAAGGGAGACCCUGGUGAACUGGGCCUGCAGGGAAAUGAGGGCCCACCAGGGCAGAAGGGAGAAAAGGGAGACAAAGGAGAUGUGUCCAACGAUGUGCUCCUAGCAGGUGCCAAAGGGGACCAAGGCCCACCCGGUCCUCCUGGGCCCCCAGGCCCUCCAGGUCCUCCAGGGCCCCCUGGAAGCAGAAGAGCCAAAGGCCCUCGGCAGCCAAACAUGUUCAACGGCCAGUGCCCAGGUGAGACCUGUGCCAUACCAAAUGAUGAUACCUUGGUUGGAAAAGCUGAUGAGAAAGCCAGUGAACAUUCCCCACAAGCAGAAUCCAUGAUCACUUCCAUUGGAAACCCAGUGCAAGUAUUGAAAGUGUCAGAGACAUUUGGGACUUGGAUAAGAGAGUCUGCUAACAAGAGUGAUGACCGGAUUUGGGUGACGGAGCAUUUUUCAGGCAUCAUGGUGAAGGAAUUCAAGGACCAGCCCUCUCUUCUGAAUGGCAGUUACACCUUCAUCCACCUCCCGUAUUAUUUCCAUGGCUGUGGACACGCUGUUCACAACAACUCUCUCUACUACCACAAAGGAGGUUCCAGCACCAUAGUGAGAUUUGAAUUUGGCAAGAAAACAUCUCAAACUCUGAAGCUUGAAAAUGCUUUGUAUUUUGAUCGAAAAUACCUUUUUGCAAAUUCCAAGACGUACUUCAAUCUAGCUGUAGAUGAAAAGGGCCUUUGGAUUAUCUAUGCAUCAAGUGUGGAUGGCUCAAGCAUUCUUGUAGCACAGCUAGAUGAGAGGACAUUCUCAGUGGUGCAGCACAUCAAUACCACGUACCCCAAAUCCAAGGCCGGCAAUGCCUUCAUUGCCCAAGGAAUCCUCUAUGUCACAGACACCAAAGAUAUGAGAGUCACAUUUGCCUUUGAUUUGUUAGGAGGGAAACAGAUCAAUGCAAACUUUGAUUUGAGAACUUCCCAGUCUGUUCUUGCCAUGUUAGCAUACAACAUGAGAGAUAAGUAUUUAUAUUCAUGGGAAGAUGGCCAUUUAAUGCUUUAUCCUUUGCAGUUUUUGUCAACUACCUUAAAUCAUUGAUGGACUGCAUUCUGCUCCCUUCAGCAAAUUUCAGGUGUUUUAUGGGACCAGUUGUCUCAAGGAAACUUGUCUUUUUAAGGGCAGCCAGAUAUUUAGAACAUAAACUUGUGACGUAAGCGUUUAUAUGGUCAGUGAGCCCCCCUUAGUGAAAUUGCAACAGAUUGAAAGUUGAAAUGACUGAGAUUUGUUGAUGUCUCCACAAUUUGCUUGGCAAGUUACCUCUUUCUCCUUGGGCCUUAGUUUCCCCGUUAGUCAUCUGAAUCAGCUGGCUAAGGUGAUCGGUAAGAUUUUUUUACCUGUAGGAAAUUUGGUGACUCUUGGCUGCUGCUAUCCUCACAACUUUUAUGUAUCUGCUUCUGUUGUUUAGUUUUUUAGCCACAUGCUGACCAAAUUUAACUUUGAAUUGAUAAGUCCAGUGGCUUGAGUAGUGAAUCCCUCAGUGUUGACUUAUAUCUUGUUCUUUGAAAAAAUGCAUUGACUCUUUAAGACAUCUAAAGUAUCACACUAUCCAUAAUUUAUUGCAUUUCUUUGCAUCUGCACCUGCCACCACAGAAUAAUCAUUACCCUCAGCUGCUGAUUGGGCAGCUCUGAGAUUAGCAAAAUCCAGCAACAGCUGCAUGCUCAGGUUUGUUUUUUUUUUAAUAAGAUAUUUUUUGUUGUUGUUGUUUUCUUUUUCUAAAUAGAGAGAGUCUUGCUAUGUUUCACAGGCUGGUCUCAAACUCCUGGGGCUCAAGUGAUCCUCCUGCCUUGGUCUGCCACUGCUGGGAUUACAGGCAUAAGCCACUGUGCCUGGCCCACGUUUCUUAAUAAAACAGAAUCACAAUCUUGCAGGUUCCCCCCAGUUUCUGAUCAUGCUGAUUUGUAGCUGUGGAUCAUGAACACCAAGUCCUCAGGUCACUCUGACUUCUUAUGCUUCUUCUGUGGAUCCAGUAUCAAAGUACUAAAUGCUAUGUAGGUAGACACUAAUCUGGCUGGAACCAUGGGAAGCACUUUGCAGUGUUCAAAAGAGAGGCGCCAUUUGCGGUUAUUGUGUAGAACUGGGCCAGAGUCAGUCCAUUGCCUGUUUUUGUAAAUACAGUUUUACUGAGCACAGCCACACUCAUUUGUUUAUGCAGUAUGGCCUGUGACUGCUUUUGCUCUGCAACAGCAGAGUCGAGUUAUUGCAACAAGGAGUGUGUGGCCCCACAGUGCCUCAAAUAUUGGCUAGCUAGCCCUCUAUGGAAAAAUGCUGCUGACUCCUGAUAAAGAAUACAAAGUGAGCCUGAUUCUUGAAAAAAUCA